UACGUUUUCUUUUUUUUUGUGAGGGGAAAAUCAUCAAAUGACUUGUCCCGCCCAGGGCCGGGCGGGAGGGAGUGUCAGACUCUUACUGACUAAAAACCCCCCUGUUCCUUCUCCUGCUCUGGGCCGAGGUCGCGGUGCUUCAUUGCGCUUACUCCGCAACUCCAGCAGAAUAUCAGCCCUAAAGGGCCUUUGGUAGGCUGAUGAUUAUUCAAGGCGCGCGCGGGAGCAUAUGUACUACGCGCUCGGGUCUGGGUCUGUUGGCGGCGUUGCUCACUUCGCCGUCCGCAGACCCGGGCUUACGGUGGCCGGAGAUCAUCUCUCGAUCCCCGAUACCCGGAAUGUCGCCUUCUGCGGCGGCUGAGGCGCAAGGAAGAUACUUCCCUCGCGCGCUCCGCCUCCUCCUUUGCGAGCAUGACAGCUUCGCAGAAGGAGGAGACAGCUUCCAAGUUCCUCUCGCUAUGAGUAGUAGCGGGUAUGAGUACAUUGAUACCUACAUACAUAUUAUUGUUUAUUUUUGCCUAGGUUUGUGGUAAAGUGAUAUUUGAACUCAGUGAAAACCUCAUUCGUAUUAAUGGAUUAUUGAAAACAAUAACGUUUGAAUUAGGUAUAAGGAAAAUUUCUGAAUUUAAUGUUUAUGACUAAGGAAUUAUAUUUCAUUGGAUUUUACAAAGGCUUUAAUGAGUACCUAACAUUGUUUUAGUUAAUCACUUACAAGACAAUGUAAUAAGUUUAUAUUUGUAAUUUGUAGUUUAAAAACUGUGUUUUACCAGCAACGUUUGCAUAUAAUUAACGAAAAUUAACAUUUUAUAAGUAACAGUAAAAAAGAUGACGCAAAUACAUUUCUUACAAAUAAAAUAGACAAAACGCGCGGUUGCACCCGCUUCUCGGAUCCAUUUAUUUGUAGCGUGAUGUUUUAGUUUAGUUUUAGCCUAUAGCACUCAGGAACAUUGUAGCUAUCUAUCAUGAAAGAAUUUUGGCAAUCCGACCAGCUGUUUCAAAGAUUACCCCCUACAUACAAACUUACAAAUUUUACCUCUUUAUAAUAUUGUAUAGAAGUAUAGAUAAA